AUGACAGGGAAACAUGUACUCGAUCGUGUUCCUAUUUCCAAACCUCCAUUUGGGAUCGGUGACCUUAAAAAAACCAUCCCACCACACUGUUUCAAACGUUCUCUUAUUCACUCCUUUGCCUCCUUCUUUCGGGAUCUCAUCAUCAUCUAUGCCUUCUACCAUCUUGCAGCAAAUUACAUACCGUUGCUCCCUCAACCCCUAUCCUACGUCGCCUGGCCGCUAUAUUGGUUCGCUCAAGGUAGUAUUCUCACUGGGUUUUGGAUUCUUGGACAUGAAUGUGGCCAUCAUGCCUUUAGCGAGUACCAAUGGAUAGACGACGCGGUUGGUUUCUUCAUCCAUUCUGUCUGCCUAACGCCAUACUUCUCGUUCAAGUACAGUCACCGGAGUCACCAUGCACACACGAAUUCAAUCGAGUACGACGAGGUGUACAUUCCAAAACGCAAGUCUGAUACGUUCUUCACUGAGUUUUUGAACAACGGACCAGGCAACGUGUUCACUCUUAUCCUACGUACCACCAUGGGCUUGCCUUUGUACUUAAUCUUUAACGUUUAUGGUCGUGAUUACGAAGGGUUUGCAAACCAUUUCUUACCACAAAGUGGUAUCUUUAACCGCAGUGAGCGUCGUCAGGUUCUGGUAUCUGAUGUUGGAAUCAUGGCCGUUCUCUAUGUGUUCUACCAUUUCUCUGUGAAACAAGGCGUAAAAGCUACACUUUUUCUGUACGGAAUUCCUUUGUUUGUGAUGAGUGUUUUCUUUGUUAUCCUAACUUACCUAAAUCACACACACCCAUCCAUCGCACACUAUGACUCAACAGAAUGGGACUGGCUAAGAGGUGCUUUAUCCACCAUAGAUCGCGAUUUUGGUAUCUUGAAUAGGGUUUUCCACAACGCGAAUCAAACUCAUGUGAUUCACCAUUUGUUCCCAACAAUACCGCAUUAUCAUGCAAUCGAGGCUCGAGAGGCUGUGAAGCCUAUGUUAGGUGACUUUUACAAGUACGACGACACUCCAGUGCUUAAGGCCAUGUGGCGAGAUACAAAGGAGUGCAUAUAUGUUGAACCAGAUGAGAACACGGAGAAAAAAGGAGUUUACUGGUACUUCAAAUAG